GCGGCGCGGGGGCCCGGCCCGCAGCCAUGCAGAGCGCGGCCCCCGCCGCCCCGCCGGCGCUGCACCUCCUCACCUCCUACUUCAUCGACAGCAUCCUGGGCCGGGGCCCCGCCGCGGGCCGGCUCGGUGAGGGGCGGCGGGAGGGCGGCGCGGGGACAGGCGGCCCGGUGAGGGGCGGCGGGGUCGCUCCACGCCCGGCCGCCCCGGUGACCCCGCGGUUGUGUCCCGCAGGCGCGGAACGCGCGGAGCCGCCGCGGCCCGGCGGAGCGCGCAGCCCCGCGGAGGCGCCGCGGGCGGAGGAGCGGGAGCAGCGCCCGCCGGGCCCCGAGGCGGCGGGGCCGGUGAAGAGGAAGCAGCGGCGGUACCGCACCACGUUCAGCACGUUCCAGCUGGAGGAGCUGGAGCGCGCCUUCUGCAAGUCGCACUACCCCGACGUGUUCACCAGAGAGGAGCUGGCCCUGCGCCUCGACCUGACGGAGGCCCGGGUGCAGGUCUGGUUCCAAAACAGAAGAGCAAAGUGGAGGAAACGUGAAAAAAAUGAAAUUCUGGGGACUGUUCCGGGAAUCUCCUUAACGCACCCCCUUGGUCUCUUUUUGGAUGUUCCACUGAAUCAAUCUCCCCUCCUAGAUCACACAUGGAGGUCAAUGCCUCUUUCAACAUUGGCUGUGCCAUCCAUGUCCCCAGCUUUCAGUCCUUCAACCUUAGGGCCAUUGGGCCUCAGCAGUCUUACCUGGACUUCUCUCUUCAGAAAUCCCAUAUUAAAUCCACAUUUUGGAAGGUUUCUCAAUGCUUUAAAUCCUCUCGUGACAACAGCUUCAGUACUAAUGAAAGCUCCUGGACCCCCGUCAGACCCUGUUCUCACUGCCUUCACUGAUCCAGCAGCAGUUGAAAGGAAAACGUCAAGCAUUGCAGCACUAAGACUCAAAGCGAAAGAACAUUCAGCACAAAUCCCUCAAUUAAACCUCAUCUCCAGUCUUACAAACACUAACAAAGAACUUUGUUAGGAGCUCUCCCACAGACUACAGCCACGGAGGGGAAAGUGAAUGCCUUCUCCAAUAAGUAGCUCUCAUUAGAGAGACACAUUUGAAAAAAGAAAACACACACACACACAGAGCUCUAUUUCCUGCAGCUUCGGUAACAGACUGAAAGGAAAUAAACCUGCUAAAUAUUGUUUUCCUUUAUUACAACAUGAAAUCAGGCAGUAAAUUGGCUUGUAUAAUUUCUUGCACUGCAGAAACAGAAGCAGGAACUAUCUCAUCUGUGUAAAUCAGGCUAACAUGUAUCUGAAGCUUUGAAAUCACCGAACUCACCAGAAGCUAGUCCAAAGGCUCGAAAUUCUUUGUAGGAAUAACCACUUUUCUAAGUAAUUCUUAACUUCUCAGGAGGAACUCUUACAUGCAGUACUUGAGACUCAGUACACAGUUAUUACCUUGGAGACCAUGCUUCAUGUUGAAGUGCAAAUGCCAGUGAAAUAUUGCAUUCUAGACAGACUUAGCAGGAAUGAGAUGGCGACUAUUUUCAGUAUGGGCUUUUGAUUCAGAUAUAGGUUAGUGAAAAGAGUACCUUGUUUCAAAUUUUUUAAAAGUUUGCUUUAUGUUCAGGGUGUCAAUGUCUUAACUAAGAAAGUUUAACCUCUGUACAUGAACUGUAUCCUGUGAAAGUAGGUUAGCAGUGUGCAGUAAAUUGUCUGUAGGUCUCUGUGUAUGUACAUACAUGUCAAUCAGUAGUUUAUAGCUGUAAAUAUGAGGUUGC